AUGAAUCACACAGUGAAUGAGCGGCGCAGAGAAUGUGGGCCAAAGUGGGAAAUAGCCCCAGUCAAGUAUGAGGUCAAAAAUUCCUCCUCCAACUACAUCAGGCAGCUGGAGACUAAAGUGCGGAUCCUGGAGGACGACAACAACAAGCUUCUCUCACAGGCUUAUAGCCGGUAUAGUUUAUCACAGAUACAGACGAAAAAGCAGUGUAACCCAGGUGACCUUCGUGCCCUGAGGAAGGGAAUGACCCUCUACCACUCAGAGUCCCAGCUGUCCUCACUGCCCCAGCGCCAGGACGCCAUGCACAUGGGUACUGGCCGUCUCCCGACCAGUGAGUCCUCUCCUGCCACAGGCUACCUGUCCUGCGUCCAGAAGCCUGAGGCUGUGGUGCACGCCAUGAAGGUGCUGGAGGUCCACGAGAACUUGGACAAGCAGCUUCCUGAGGACUACGAGGACGAUCUCAGUGAGAAAGAGAAGGCCAUUGUGCGAGAGAUGUGCAACGUGGUGUGGAGAAAGCUGGGUGAUGCAGCAGGAUCAAAGCUGUCCAUCAGACAGCACCUCUCUGGGAACCAGUUCAAAGGGCCGCUGUAGCAUGGCAACCAGAGAGAGAGAGAGAGCGAGAGAGAGAUCAGGAUUUACAGUACCUACACUCGCCUGAAAACACCUCUUACUACCUGCGCCUACACAACCCAUCAUGCCGUGCUCCCUACUGCCUACAGCCCCCAGCAUUCCUUCAACAAGCACUCUCUUAAGACUGGCUAAGAUAGCUACUAAAUGGACCUGUUAGUUUAUUCACAUGUACAAACAUGUUUUUAUCUCUCAGAGCUUAUGAAGCGUUGACAACUGGCAGCUAGUUUCACUGAUUUGCCACUUUUCUUCGUUGAUUUGGAGGCUUCCAGCUACACAACGAUCUCUCUCUGUAAACGCUACAAACACACCACUUUUAGUCCCUCAUAGCAUAGCUGUGCUACACUAAGCUAGUAAUAGGACAUGGUUUCAAGCACAGACCUGACGAAGCCGCAGGAGCACAGAUCUUCGCAUGUUGCUGGGAUGUGAACGCAACAUUGUGGCGGUAUCUUCAGAUACGUUUUGAUAGUACCUCCUAUAGAGACCCUAGCUCCUGUCACAUGUAUCGCCCCCCCCUAGUGGUCAACGAGUAUAACUAGCAUUAGUAUUCUAAAGUGUUAACUAAUGUGAAACCCACUGUGACCUAGCGCCUUUUGCUCAUAAGACAAGUCUAUGGAUAAUAAAGUCUAGAGAUCACUGUUAACUUGUGUAUAUUAUGUAUAAAACCAUAGCACUACUUCAUUGUUAUUGUUGAUUUUACUUUUCUCUAUUUUGUAUUCUAGCGUGGCCAUGUGAUCAAUUAUUUAGUUUAAAAAGCACACACAACCGGACCUUAAACAGGGUUUUCUUUUGGUAAAAAAAAUGUAAUCUUUUAUUGUGUUUUUCUUUUUAAAUUCUUUUCCAGAUGAAUUGCUAUUAUUCCUUCUCUCUGUAACCUCUGAAAAUGUAUCAAGGCCAUUCUGAAUCAAACCAUCUCCAUGGGCUAAUGGAUAAUUUUCUUACUUUGUGAAAUUAACUAAAAUUGUAUGCUGUGUGCAUGCUUGACAAUCAUUUUCUCAGGUUGGGAGGGCUACAGCUUUACCUUUGCCCAUCUGCGACAACGUGUGUGUGUGUGUGUGUGUGUUGGCGUGCA